AUGGCUGCUUGCAAGCAGGGUCUAAAGCUGCUUCCUCGUAAGAGUUUGGCUCACUAUCAUGACAAACACUUUGCACAAGGUGCUAACUAUCAGGAACUAAGGAGUCUAAAGAAAGUUCAAUUAUUUACUCCAAUUCGUGAAGAUGAAGUUUUUAGAAUGAUUAAGAAAAUAUCAAAACAAGCUUCUACUUCACAAAUUACCAAUUUGAGUAAUUUAAUGAUUUCAUUAACUAGUACUAUUAUUUGUAGAGUUGCUUUUGGUGUUAGGUUUGAAGAAGAAGCACAUGAAAGGAAGAGAUUUGAUUUUCUUUUGGCUGAGGCACAAGAAAUGAUGGCUAGUUUCUUUGUAUCUGAUUUUUUUCCUUUUUUAAGUUGGAUUGAUAAAAUAAGUGGAUUGAUAUAUAGACUUGAGAGGAAUUUCAAGGAUUUGGAUAAUUUUUAUGAAGAACUCAUUGAGCAACAUCUCAAUCCCAAUAGGCCAAAAUAUAUGGAUGGAGAUAUUGUUGAUCUUUUGCUACAAUUGAAGAAAGAGCAAUUAACACCAAUUGAUCUUACUAUGGAGGAUAUUAAAGGACUUCUCAUGAAUGUGUUAGUUGCAGGAUCAGACACUAGUGCAGCUGCAACUGUUUGGGCAAUGACAGCCUUGAUAAAGAAUCCAAAAGCCAUGAAAAAAGUUCAAACAGAAAUCAGAAAAUCAGUUGGGAAGAAAGGCAUUGUAAAUGAAGAAGAUGUCCAAAACAUGCCUUAUCUCAAAGCAGUGAUAAAGGAAAUAUUUAGAUUGUAUCCACCAGUUCCACUUCUAGUUCCAAGAGAAUCAAUGGAAAAAACAAUAUUAGAAGGUUAUGAAAUUCGGCCCGGAACCAUAGUUCAUGUUAACGCUUGGGCUAUUGCGAGGGAUCCUGAAAUAUGGGAAAAUCCAGAAGAAUUUAUACCCGAGAGAUUCUUGAAUUGCAAUAUCGAUUACAAGGGUAAAGAUUUUGAGUUACUUCCAUUUGGUGCAGGCAGAAGAGGUUGCCCAGGUAUUGCACUUGGGGUUGCAUCCAUGGAACUUGCUUUGUCAAAUCUUGUUUAUGCAUUUGAUUGGGAGUUACCUUAUGGAGUGAAAAAAGAAGACAUUGACACAAAUGUGAGGCCUGGAAUUACCAUGCAUAAGAAAAACGAACUUUGCCUUAUCCCUAAAAAUUAUCUGUAGAUUAUAUUGAGACGUGGAUCUCGGGCUAAUUCUGUGAGAUCAGCUAAACUUAUUGUUUUCGGCUCGAAUUAUGAAUACAUAUUUAGAACAACUUUAAAAUGUAUGCAUAUAAUAGAAUCCACUAUUAUAAGAGUGUUGUAUUUGCCUU